AUGUUCUUUGCAGAAGAGUUGAUUCUUGGUCCAAAAAAGAAAAAGAAAGCGCCAAAAGUUCCCGUUCUUGAUGAUGCACCAAAGGCACAAGAACCAGCGCCUUAUGCGGAAGGUAUUGGUAUGAUGAAUCUGAUUGAUGCAUCCAGCGCAUGGCCAGAUUACACUUACGAAGAACUGAUCGAUAUGGUUUUCGGUAUCAUGAGAGAAAGAAAUCCGGAAUUUGCAGCUGGAGAAAAGAAAAAAUUCAUUAUGAAACCUCCACAGGUAGCACGAGCUGGAAGUAAGAAGACCGCAUUCGCGAACUUCGCUGAGAUUUGUCGUUUAUUGAAGAGGCAACAGAAGCAUGUGCUGCAGUUCUUGAUGGCCGAGUUGGGUACAACAGGUUCGGUCGAUGCGAAUAGUUGUCUCAUUGUGAAAGGUCGUUUUCAACAAAAACAUUUCGAAACCGUGCUUAGGAAAUAUAUCAAGGAAUACGUGACGUGCCAUACGUGUCGUUCAUCAGAAACCGAACUAACGAAAGACACACGUUUAUUCUUUUUGCAAUGUCACACUUGUGGAAGUCGAUGUUCUGUGGCUGCCAUUAAGAGUGGCUUUACGGCUAUGGUCGGCAAACGCGCUGCAUUAAGAAGGGCUGCCGAGGCGACUGCUGGAAAAUAA